CCUUUAUUUAUUUCCAAAAUACAGGCUUUGUUCCGUUGGACGAAUUCAUAUACUGUCCUUGUAAAAUGUUGUCGUUUGAACGUAGAUGUAAAUCAAUCAGUGAAGAGAUCCUGCGUUAUGAUCCAGAUAUUGUUUGCUUACAAGAAGCAGACAUAAUUAAAGACAUAGUAAAACGUCUCAACGCCAGCAGCGGGAGAGAUAAUUAUUCGUUUUGUUUUCUACCAAAGAUGUCUUCUCCUUGUUUGAUGGUUAAAAAUAAUCACGGGCCUGAUGGACUUGCUGUUAUUUAUCGGAAUGAUAAUUAUGAACUGAUAAAAUCUGAAAAGAUUCCUCUCAAUGAAGACAAUUCACGUUAUGCUCUUUUUUGUCACUUCAUACCCAAAGAUGUUGGACACUUAAACAAGAGCUGCCCUGAUAUCUACCUAAUAUGUCUUCACUUAAAAGCUAAGGUAUAUUGUUCUGAGAUACGAAGAAAACAAGGAGAAGAACUUGUUAAAUAUUUAAAUUCAUUUAUCAAGCGUAUUUCUUCCACUUCUGCACCCGUAAAUAGUACUGUAUUUCCUCCUAUUUUUAUUUGCGGUGAUUUCAAUGCUGAACCUACAGAACCAGUAAUUAAUAUUUUACAAAAUUUCUCCUUGAAUUCUAACACACUGUACAAGCUCACAAGUGCUUACUACGUAGCAGGUGGUUGUAAAGAACCUGAAUUUACAACAUGGAAAAUCAGAAAAAGUAAACGAAUUGUAGAACUUACCGAAGACUGUCACACGAUUGAUUAUAUUUGGUACUGUGAUCGACUAUGCACUUUGUUAGGUGCUUGGUCCAUUCCAUCCAAAACUGAAAUUGGUCCUAAUGGUCUACCGUCAGCUAUAUUUCCAUCAGAUCAUAUGAAUUUAAUUGCAGAUUUUAGUUUACGUUUAUGCAAGUAG